GGAAAAAAGUGGUCUCCCUGCCUCUUACAACCCAAAGCAAAAUUUGUGAAACCUAAGUCUCAAACAAAAGAGCAAAAAAUCAAAGAUGCAGAGAUGGUGCACCAAGCUCCGAUCCCUCGCCGUUCUCCGUUCGACUCCAAAUACCCAUCACCCUCUUCCCUAUCGUCUUCUCACCACUGCUACCAAUCCCAUACACAGACCUUUUACUCGUACCUUAUUUUCUUCCAGCUUUACGCCCAUUUCCCAUGGCCCCAUUUCAUUCCCAAGUUCUACUCACUCCUCUCUCCUCCCUUCUUCUUUCACGCAAGUGCGGUACAUCACUGCAAAACAGAAGAAAAGGAAGUUGAAAAGCAGGAAGCCGAUGACUCCAGUCACAUCAAAAGUCAAGAAAAUCAAAAUGAAAUUUUACUCGUCUUAUAAGGACAGAUUUAGGGUUAUGAAAGAUGGACUGAUUCGGCGCUGGAGAGAGGGGAAGCGACACAAUGCACAUUUAAAGUCUAAGAAAUCAAAACGUCGACUCAGGCAACCUGCUACUGUCCCUUUGGCUUAUGCAAAAGUGAUGAAGAAGCUCAACUUUUGUGGUUGAAGCAUUUGUAGUUCUAUGCCCUUGCUGCGCUUAAGAGGCUUUUCUACUCUUCUCAUUUUAUUGGUUUCUCCUCUGGUACAGCUACUAGUGUAGACGAUUUUUUAAGUCAAACAUGUAAUGUCUUUUGUUUCAGGUCGUUCAUAACAAAGCUUUUACAUUCUCUGGCAAAAUGAGUGGAUUUUGAGAGGUUUCCUAAGAACAAAUAAGAUUUACCUAGAGAUGAUCUCAGGAGCAAGUCGUUCGAAUGAAAAAUAUUCUCUGAUAUUCAAGUGGAGAAGUCUUCAACAUGUUUCUGGUAGUUUAACUAA